UACGUUGUUUACUUGGUCCACAAGAGGGCACAAUAAAUACAUAAACCAUUGAGCACCGUUAUAUUAUUGCAUAGAACAUUCCUAUCCUGGCUGUUAAAAAAAAAGCAUUUCAUUUUCAAAUAAUGUGCAUAAAAUAAAUAAAAAGUUUUAGUCGGCCCAUAUUCUCAAAUGUUUAGUCAAAAGUAAAAUGAGGGGGGAAAAUGCUUCAAUGGACAGUUCACAUGGUAUUACACUUGCACUGAUUCCUCCAGAUUCAAGCUUCGUAAUAACAGCGAAAUACCACAUUGUUUUUUAUUCAGUACAGUUGUAUGUAGAGUAGCAAUAUUCACAGAUAGCAGUGGUAUUCGGCUGAACUUGGUGGAGAAGCAGCUCAGAAUAUGAGCCCAGGUCAGGGGCUGAUCAAAAAGACUGGAACCAAAUGCAAGAAUCUAAACAACUCAUUGCUAAAUCUGAGAAAUGCUUAUAAGAGAGCAAGACACAACGGCCAAAGACCUCCACCAACUGUAAGGUGCUGUUCACACCGAACGCUUUUGCAACCAUCCAUUUGUUUUUCUAUGUAAACGCGUGCUAGACGAACGUCUUUGUUUCCCUUUGUUUUUGUUUAUUCAGCGUCUCAUGCAGGAGUGCUGUUUUUUAGAUGCUGUCUAAUUAAAAAGAACUUUAAAACCAUAUUUUUUUUUAAAUGUAUUUAUUUAUUUAUUUUCCUUUUUCUCCCAAUUCCCAAUGUGCUUUUAAGUCCUCGUGGUCACGUAGUGAUUCGUCUCAGUCCGGGUGGUGGAGGACGAAUCCCAGUUGCCUCCGCGCCUGAGAUCGUCUACCCGAGCAUCUUAUGACGUGGCUUGUUGAGCGUGUUGCCACGGAGACGUAGCGCGUGUGGAGGCUUCACGCCACCCACCGCGGCAUCCACACUCAUUACGAACCACAUUAUAGCAAUCACGAGGAGGUUACCCCAUGUGACUCUACCCUCCCUAGCAACCGGGCCAAUUUGGUUGCUUAGGAGACCUGGCUGGAGUCACUCAGCACGCCCUGAGAUUCGAACUCCAGGGGUGGUAGCCAGCGUCUUUACCACUGAGCUACCCAGGCCCCCACUUUAAAACCAUAUUGAGACACCUGCUUUCUGUUAAACUGUAUUUGUUGUGCUGUGUCUAGCCUUUUUUUAGCGCAAGGAUGUGAUCGAUCUGAAGUCAUCGUAUUACAGUGAGGAUAACAUUUUUUAAUUGAAAUCAGAUGCGUUUCUAAUUUAUUUAUACGUUUCUCUCGACUGCAUGAAGAUAUUAAUUUGCUUUCUCACGUCAUUAGCUUUAAAUAUGCAACUAAGCUGGCUAACAAAUGCAUAAACGUGACCAGCUGGACAUAAACUAAUGCAAAUAGAUGGUAACAAUCUAAACAUUUUGGUAGGACUUGCAUGUAUUUUUGUUACAUUGUUCUAACUGCUUAAGGUUUGCUUUAAUGUUAGCGUCCUCUCAGCCUUGUCGGCAAACAUACUGCUGUUCUCUAAUAAUGCAGCAUCUAGUGAAUCAACAAAUGAAUUACUUUAUAAUGAUAUGACAACAUGUACUGUAUACAUACCUUUUUGUUGUUGUCCAUGCAGAAUGUAGUCUUACAUGUCAAAACAAAUACCACAAGGCAUCAGUGAAGUGAUAGUUUUUAUUUUGACUCUAGAGGCCACUCUCAUACUGUACAAUGACAGCGGACCCUUCCCAGCCACUCCAGCAUUGGACGCAAUGGGGAAAAACUAUCGGUGUGGAUUUUUGCUGGUAACAAUAGUUCCAGAAAUCUGUUAUCGUGCCGAUGAAUCGGCAAAACCGAUAUAUCGGUCGACUUCUAAUAUUUUCAUUUGAAAACACAUACAUUUUUGCUACAUUUUGGCCUUCCUUCCUUGAGACGGUGUUUUUGUCCAGCGAAAACGUAGCUUUUCAAAAACACUCAAGUGGAUACAUUUUAAAACGCUGCCUACGCGUUGUAGUGUGGACAGGUAAAAUGGAGAUAUUCUAAAUUCGAUAACGUAUUUGUUGUCAUGUGAUGCAGUCAUGUGAUCCAUUCACAUGACAAUUGCAUUUUAGACCGUACAUGGAAAUAACACACGGCCACGCUUACGGUUUUUUUUCUGCAUCCGGAGUAAGGGGAUUCAAGCAUUUUCAGAUGUUUCAGUGUGGACGGCGAAUUUAUCCAGAUUAAUGUGGACAUUUCAAAGCUUCUGGUAUCAAUUAUUUUUAACAAAGCACUUUAAUUAAAUGCUUAGGAAGGAAUCACAGGGUUUUUAUUGUGUUAGGAAUGGUGAGUGUGCGAUAAGAACACGUAAGUACACAGACAUCCUUAGUAAACCAUAUUUAGUGUCUGUUUUUCUCCUGUCAACUCAUCCUGCCACUGGUUGAGUGAGUGGCAGUGGUGAACACAUGACCAGCAGCUGUUGUGUUGGUGCUUCAGCAUGCUGCUCUCCUAUAAAUACCUCAGUCGUUCUGCAGCCUUAGUCAAGUGGAGACAACAAUGCCUAUGGUAUCAAAGGGUACCACUGCUGGUUAACUCUGAUCAGUGAAAUGGGAUGGUGAUUUUAUGUAGCCGGAUCGAGUUGGGGGAUGUUACUCCCCACAACAUUAAACAAUUGAAGCGUCUCAACCAAGUGAUCUUCCCUGUCAGCUACAAUGACAAGUUCUACAAAGAUGUUCUGGAGGUAGGGGAGCUCGCCAAGCUAGCAUACUUCAACGACAUUGCUGUUGGUGCCGUGUGUUGUAGAGUGGAUCACUCUCAAAACCAGAAGCGACUCUACAUCAUGACACUGGGUUGCCUAGCACCUUACCGCAGACUCGGCAUAGGAACCAAAAUGCUGAACCAUGUGUUAAACAUUUGUGAGAAGGAUGGCACUUUUGACAACAUUUACCUUCACGUGCAGAUCAGCAAUGAGUCUGCAAUUGACUUCUACCAGAAAUUUGGCUUUGAGAUCAUUGAGACAAAAAAGAACUAUUACAAGAGGAUAGAGCCAGCAGAUGCCCACGUUCUUCAGAAAAGCCUGCGCAGCCCAUGUGCGCCCCCAGCAGGAGAGAUCCAGAAAGCCGACUAGAGGUUGAAGCACGACACAGAUUGGUCUAUUCCCUCAAGUGGAACUGUAACCGAUGCCCCAAGGUUGACACACUCACCACUUUCUUCAGAGGACAUUUUAGACAGAAAAAGUCAAAGAAAUAGUUGCUGCAUUUUUUGUGCAAAAACUUUAGUCCCCCAAAAUUUGUGUUCUUUUUAUUAUUAUUAUUAUUAUUAUUUCUUAAUAUAGAGAGUUGACAAUAAAUGGAGGUUUUCAAGCAGAAUCCAUAAGUGCUCCGAAAGCUGCUGACUUCUUAUUGAUCUCACAUGGUGAAGGUUAUGUUUGCAAAGCAUACUGUUUGCAUUUGUUUUAGAUUUGAUAAAGGUAAGGGGACAUAACUUACUUGGACAAAACAAUUGAACUAAAAUCUUUCUAAAUAUGACAGUUGACUCGAGAUUCCCCAGCUGACAACCUUGGAGUGAUUGUUUGAAUCGUCUUAGGGACACAUGGAGUCCUCAGAACUCGAGCAUACCUCCACAUGAGCACUCGGACACAUGGCAAGGGAAUCUACUGGUGGCUGAGACUUCCUGUUUCACCAUACAGGCAAUAUGCAAUGCUGGAGUGUUGCAUGUGAUGCAAUGUCUCCUUGUGAUGUCAGCCACCUCGGUCUGUUUUGAAGCUAACCUAGUGAGGAAAAGGAGCGUAGAGCCCCCUCGAACAAGAGAGUGGUAAAACUGUUUUAGUAUGGGGAGGUCAAAGGGGAUAAACUCCACUCAUUUGUGAAUGCUUUUGUUUUUCUGCCCAUUAUUUAAAAUCCCCAACUUUUUUUUAUUUUUAUCAAUGGAUUGAGUCUGGGCCUUUUCUGGGAUUUGCAAUAAUGCUGCUGGUGAGAUGUAAAGGCUUCAGAUAGUAAACAGGAAUGGCUUUUAUGGGCCUUGAAGGUUGUGUUUUUUUUUUUAUGGUGGAUGUAUUUCUCAAAUAAUUUUUAGUCCACCAGUACUCAAGUUAGAGUUUAGCCGUUUUUGAUGUGAAACUUUGAUUUUUUUCAUUAUCUGCCUGAGUGUCUAUAAAUUUGAAUCCUUGCUUCUCACUUACAGUAACAAUUGUGCCGCAAAAAUAAACACAUCCUCCCACAAUGUAACAAGUUACAUUUCAGUGAUUUUCACUGACUACCAGCUUUUCCCCAUGUACAAUGUGGGGGCGUUGCCGGUCACUUCUACAAGUUUAUUUUAUAGGACUUACGGAAUCAGAUCCCAGGAAAAUCCCAGACUCGGUGCAUGCCAGGGGAGACAUGCCCUCUCCAAUGUAGUAAAAGCAUGUUUUUUUUCCCACCUGUCUUUGAAAAAUUUUAUCUUUUUCUGGAGCUCUAUAUUGUAUGACUUUUAAACCUCUAAAUAAAAUUACUAUUUGCAUUA